AUGAGCGGAGCUCUAACUUCUCAGCGACGUGGUGGACGCGUGCGAGGGGCCGAGGGGUACCACACCGAAGACAUCCGAGCGCUUCUUCGAUGUGUCAAGAACGUCGUGCCUACCACGGCCGAAGAAUGGAGCCACGUGCUGGACCAAUACCGUACAACGCACGCGGUCCCUAACACGCGCGCCCAACGCGAUACGAGCUCCUUGAAGGCCAAGUUCAAGCAGCUGGCACGUGAGUUUCGACCGGAAGAGAGCAGUCGCUGGGACGUGCAAGAAGCGGGAGCAAUUUGGCAGCUGAUCCAGACCAAAAUGGUGGCUGGCCAGUGUCUCCAGCGUCGAGGAGGCCGAGCUCGAGGGGCUGAAGGCUUUUCAGCUGCAGACGCUCAGUGUAUACUGAAGAUCAUACGGAAGCUCUUGCCCGUAUCGAAGCACGAGUGGAAUCACGCAGCAGACGAGUACUGUCGAGACUAUGCCGUGCCUAAUAAUCGACUUGGUCGAGACGGUCUCUCCCUGAAGCGAAAAUUCCGAAAUUGGCUCAAAACUGACGUGGACGAUACGGUUCGAGCUGAAGUAAGCGUAGCGCUUGGUGUUCAAGCGGAGAUUGAUGCUAAAAUGACAAAGGUGACGAGGACAACACCGUUAAAAGAGUUGGGGACCGAGAAGCUGGUGGGGACGACGACAAUGGGGGACGGAGAUAUGGAGGAAACUAGGACUGGUGAUGGAACAGACGCAGUCGUUGAUGCUGAAGCAGAAGCUGGACGGGAAGCAAGCAGUACGACGAGCAGCGAGGGUGGGGACAGGACUUCUGCUACUGAUUCUCGACGUGGUGGGAGGGUCGUUGGAUCGGAAGGCUACUCAGUAUCCGACAGGAGAGCUCUACUGUCGUUCGUCAGGGAAGUUCUGCCGUUGGACGCGACGGGGUGGGAGCAAGUGCUGCAAUUGUACCGCACGAAACAUGCUGGUCCAAACAAUCGUGCGGCACGAAAUGUAACAGGGGUCAAGAGCAAGUUUCGACAAUUGGUCAAUUGGAGGCAUGAGACGGAUGUGUGGACGAAGGAGCAUGGAGAUAUACUUGAAGCUCGUGCCAUCCAGCAGGAGAUUGACCUGCGCUCGAGCUUGGGUAAGCGUCAACGGUCUGAGGGCGCAUCCAGCGUUCCGUCCUCCCGUACACCCGAAAAAAACGUACCAGAAGAUGGCGAAGAGAACCCUGUUGCUUCGUCAAGCACAGAGCCAAGCAACAAUUCGCAGUCCAUGCGACAGCACGUUGUUACAGGAUGUGUAGGGACGGAACAAGUACCUGAUUCUGCACAUGUGGAUGAACGCUUGAUAGAUGGCGUCGCAGAGGCCAAUGUUGCCAAGUCAGCGCCGUCUGAUAUCGUUAGUCGAGAACUUGACCUUCUGAAACAACGCGAACGACGAGAAGCUGAACAAGCAGCAUGGGACAAAGAGCGAAGUAUGCGCGAAAAGCAACGCAUCUAUAUGGAAUCCUGGACGGUCGUGUGCGAUCGUUUACGUGCACUGUAUCGUGAGCGAGCGACGGAAGAUAAUCCAGAGAUAAUAAGCGAGUUUGACGACGAAAUCGCCGUCCUCAAGAAAAAAAAGCAGCGGCUUACAAGCUUGAUGAUAUAA